AUGUCUCAAUUCUCGUACAUUAGCUCCCCAAACGAAAGCUGGCAGGACCUCGUUGACUGGGACGAUGAAUUGUACGACCCUUUCUUUCAAGGCGAGACCAGCUAUACUGGAGCUCAGGGAGGCAGCUACGUCGCAGAUCACCAGCUAUCGGAAAGCUACACGUCUGAGCCUACAUACCUGGUAUCAGCACCUCCUUCGGUUGCUGAUGGACCACCAUCACUCGAGUAUACCGUCUCCGCCCCACCAUCAAUCCUAGACGGGCAGUCCUCAUAUGGACAAGUGAAUGUUACCUCGCUGUCCUUUGACACCAUAUCCACUUCUCCGCUAGCUGUCCAAGCAGAUAGUCAGUACUUUGGAUCGUUCGGCGCGUGUGACAAUAGCCUCCUAUCGCCACUAGGUACUAUCAGCGAUUCUCCUAUCCUGGAUACACGGUAUGAGCGCAUUCCGGAAACCUUCACCUCGGGUUCUCUCGAGAGCACGACCGAAACCGUCUUCAACCCCCAUGUCACGGACUCUUCCCACUCCUUCAGUGGUUUGGACGUUAGAGCCUCUCGUUUGUUCUCGAAUCUGGGUACAUGGGCGGAGCAGCCACGAAUCAUCGAACCCAUUGCAGAAGAUGACAGUGGCAGAGCAGAAGUCGAGCCGAUCGCCAUCCCUCAUACCUUCUCGCAGAGCUAUAACCCGGCGCUGCCGUCCUAUCGGCGAUCAGAUGGCGAGUAUGAUCUACACAGCCGCAGCAGAGCCAUCGCCAUUCCUGAUGCCACUUAUGGACCCACCAGCUACAACAAUCGACCUACAGUCUCUACAUCAGCACGAAGAGCUCCUCCUAUACUCUCAGUAUCACCAGUGGCUUCACGUUACCCUCGCAGUGCUACGUUGUCUAGAAGCGCUUCGCUUUCUCGACGCAAAACUUCUACUCCGUCCCCCUCGCCUGACUCCUAUGGGUGGGUAUCCUAUCACCCGAACCCGUUGACGCACCGGCUAGCACCUACGAGUACCGAGGGUAUGACAGGACGGGCGCCCAAAGGACGAAAGAGAGCCUUGACUGCUGAGCAGCGCCGCCAUGCAGCGUUGAUGCGGAUUGUUGGCGCUUGCUCGAAUUGCCAGCGACGGAAGGAAAAGUGCGACCCUGGCACUCCGUGCAGGGCCUGUCUUGAACACUACAAAGGGGACUUAGUCAACCAUCCUUGUCGUGACCACACUCUUGUUGACCUUUCUGCGGCAUUCCUCGCCGACAGCCUAGGUUGGCAUCCAACCACUCGACCCUGGGAGUCGUUCGUCCCGGCAGGUAAUUUCGAAGUCUCCAAAGACGUUACCUACACAGUCCCAUUGAAUUUCGGCUUUGGUCCGACAUUUCCUGUCUCAGUACAUGCUGUACAGCUCAACGACAACGCUCCCCUGGUACACGAACACAUCAUCUACUCGUGGCCACCCCAGUCUUACACCGGUCCUCCACACAGGCACGCCGUUCUCCCAGCUGUGCUAACAGCUGACGCACAGUACCAUCUACUGCAUACCUUGGAUUCUCAUUUAUCACUACUUGUAGCGCAUCACUUCCGCGCUUUCCCGCUCUACUGUUCGCCACUUAGAAUUCUCCGCGAUAUCUACGUCUUCUCACGAUCCCUUCCAACAAGCUCCUCUCACCACCGCAUACUCCAUCAAGCGCUCAAGCUUCUUGUACUAGUCCACAUUGGCGGCGACAUAACGCUGCCAUCACGCUCGGAAAGCCCCAUGUUGGAGCAAACCAUCCGAAGUACGAUGGAUAUACCCGAGGACCUCACUCCUACACCUUGCUUUAUCCGCUCGCAGUUCGGUGCGAUCAUGCCCGGUCUUGCUCUCAGCUUAAUGAAAGACGUGCUCGCAUCAUUGGAGCAACUUCUUCUGAACAAGGACUGCGACGACUGGCCCAUCGCUCUGGCUGUUCUUACUACAGUCUUGAUGACAGUAGAGUCUAUACACUACCAUGCCGCGAAGCUGCCGUACCACAACCUUUAUGACGCCACACGCUCAUCUACCACCGUCGAAAACAUAGAAAUCGAUGAUCAUGGUGUCAAAUCACUUCUCGAACUCUAUAGCGCGUGCUUCUCCGGUUGCCACGCUAGACUUAGACCAGACUGGGAGGGCGAGUCUAUGCAGUCUCACAAGACGGGCACACCCGAAGAUGCGUUCAUCCAGAGCUUGCGGGAGGCGAUUAGAAAGGCGGAUACAUCUGACUACCUGGUCAAGAAAGCCAAAGAGAAGAGACAUGAUGAUGAUAUGGGUUACUUCUUCGACCGACUCGUCGCGCGCCUCUUUACCAUGAGACCUCAAUAG